CAGGACGGGAAGCACCACACCCUGUCAGCGAAUCAGAGUAGGGCCCGCCCUCUCCAUCACAUCCUCUUCAGUUUCCAAGGUGCCGCAUCAUCGCCGUCACCCACUGCUUAGCUUAGCAGCUGGCUAGUUUUUAGCAUUAGCAUUCUUGCUGCAGUGGGACAGUCCCGACGUGUGAGGCACCACCCUCCCAUCAGCCCGUCCGUCUCCGUCCUUCUCCAUCCUUCUCUGUCCUCCAGCAUCCGGCUCACUGCGGAGGAUGAUGCAGGCGGAGCACUGAGGAAGGACGAUAUGUGACUCCGCCCAUGAACGGCACCCAAUCAUCUGUUCCUCACCAUGAGCGUCUUGACCCUCUCACCUGUGGCCCCUGAGCCGCCCUCCCCCAUGGUGACAUCCAUCACCCCCACCCUGGACACCGACACCCCCACAGCCAUACCCACUGUUGUUAACCAGGAGGGGGGGUCCUCGUUGGGACCCCUCCCAGACCGCGUCACUGGGGGGCGGGGUGAGAGAGACUCGGCCCAAGGGUCCAAGAAGCCGCCGCCUCUCCACACGGGCGCCGACUGGAAGGUCGUCCUUCACCUUCCUGAAAUCGAGAAGUGGCUUCGAGCGACCGCCGACAGAGUGACGCAGUUGUCGCACUCUGUUGGACAAGAUGGUGCCAACAGACACGUGGACGCACACCUGGUGCAGCUCAAGGACAUCUGUGAGGACAUCUCGGACCAUGUGGAGCAGAUCCACGCUUUGUUGGAGACAGAGUUCUCCCUCAAGCUUCUGUCUUACUCGGUCAACAUCAUAGUUGACAUCAGGACAGUCCAGCUGCUGUGGCACCAGUUGAGGGUCUCUGUUCUGGUUCUGAAGGAGCGUCUUCUGCAGGGCCUGCAGGACCCUAACGGAAACUUCACCAGGCAGACUGACAUUCUGCAGGCCUUUAGCCAAGACCAGCACCAGACCCGUCGUCUGGAUGCCUUGACAGAGGUGGAUGACUGCGGUCAGCUGACAAUCCGCUGCAGUCAGGACUACUUCUCUCUGGACUGCGGCAUCACGGCCUUUGAGCUGAGCGACUACAGCCCGGGGGAGGAACCUGAGGCCCGAGACACCUCCCUAAAUCAGGUCCAGGAUGUGGACCAAAAACCAGAUGUAGAGCAGAUCGAAGAACCGGAAAUACCAAAACACGAACUGCAAAACGGUUUAGCUAAACUUGUGACAUGUGAUAACUCAUCAAGCCAUACCCCCCCUCCCUCAGUAGAAACCAACCAGAGCGAGACGGCGAAGCGGUCUCUGCCGGGUCAGAACCACAACAGUGUGCCGUUGCUCCCCAAGAGAGGCGCUCUGGUCGCAGAUCAGGUGGUGGACACCACAGGAGGCUUGAGUAGUGUCAGUCCAGUCUCCGAGCUUCAGAAUCAACGCACCACUGCUCUCAUGGAUCCUCCAGACCGCUCCAAAUUCUGGUUGGAGCUGGACUCAGUUUGCCCAGAAGAUAUUUCUGAGUCCUUUGAGAACCUGCAGCAGGUCAUGAAUGUUCAUAGCAUCCAGAGACAUCACAUGAGACCCCUGAUGGACCGCAGGGGUUCUUUUCGAGGAGACGUAGCCCCGCCUCCACAGGAAGGAGUGUCUCUGAUAGGGAGAACCCGAGCUGAGACAUGUGGACACAGCGAGGGUGACUCUGACUCCUCGUUACCAUCCCCCAUGAGGGAGCAGGUCCUGUCAUCAGACCUGGAGGCAAGUGGAGAGGAGUUGGACCCCAGACCUCCUGGUAAGAUGGCGGUCUGGAUGGUGAAACCCAAAGGACACAAGCAGGAGGUCCAUGUUUCAUCAGAAACCAGUCCAGACCGGGAGCACUGGUACGGCUCAGAGGAGUUCCUGGCGCUUCCUGCUCAGCUCCACAAGAGCGACAUGCUGGCCAUCAACCUGGAGAGUCUGGCCCGCACGUUGAGGCCCGUUGAUGAGGAAGUUACCUGUGAUGGUUUGCAGGAUGUGGACGACUGGGAUCUGACAGAGCUCAACCCGGACUGGGACUCUCCUGAGAGUGGAGAUGAUGUUCCUUCUCCUUUACUUCGUCCAAACAGGCAAAACCCGUUGGGCCGCUUUAGCCCCGCCUCCUCUAGCGAUAUCGUCCCCUCUUUGGAUGACAGCAUUGAGUCUGGCCCGCUGAGCGAGCUGCAGUCUGAGGAGGAAGAUGGCCGGGGGUCUGCGGACCACCGACUGCAGCCUGUGACAACCCCUUUGGACAGACGUGGUGGUGCAUCUCUGGUGCGGCAGCUGCUGGAGGACAUUCGCCAGGACAAAAACCCGGAUGUUUGGAAGACGAUUGAGAACCUGGUGCAGCAGUUGGACAGCUUCAUCUCCUGGCUGCAGGAGGCGCUGGAGAGCACGGAGAACUGGACUCAGCCCAGAGCCGACCUGGACAGCCUCAGAGUCUACCUGGACACACACCUGACCUUCAAACUAAACGUGGAGAGUCACAGUGCUCUCAAAGAGAACAUCAUGGAGGAUGGCAGAGCGCUCCUUGCCACCAUUCCUGCCCACCAGUCAGGACUCAGGGAGAUCCUCCACAUGGUGUCCAGCCAAUGGGAGCAGCUCCAGCUCCAGAUCCGCCGCCAACACAGCUGGAUGCUCCACGCUCUCCGCUGCAUCCAGACCCGCCUCCUCAACUCCAAACAAUCACAAGAGCCUUUAGGGGAGCUGACAGCCAAUCAGCAGGCUCUAUUUCCAGCAGACCACCUCCAGGCCGAGCUGGUGUCCAGUCACCAUGACGUACAGAAGGUGGCGCUGGAGCAGAUGGCGGCCAAACUGAGCAGCCUGCAUUACACCAUGCCCUCCAGCAGGAGGCACUAUGGCCAACUCGUCCACAGCAGCAGCGUGCAAGACUUUGAGGCGGAGUACCAGGAGCUCUGGGAUUGGCUGAUGGACAUGGACGCCAUGGUAACGGACAGUCACCAGCUGAUGAUGUCAGAGGAGCAGAGAGAGCACCUCUUCAAGAGCAGCCACGCUGAGCUGAUGGCGAUGGAGAACAGGAAGACCAGCCUGCUGGGCCGAGCAGAGUCUCUGAAGAGGAGUGGGACAGAACUGCCCUCAAACUUCCACCAUCAGAUCCACAACCUGACACACACUUGGACACAGCUGGAGAACAUCCUGUCUGGCCACUCAGGGUCCACCCAGCUGAUCCACUGCUCCCCCGCCAAGGUGCACCCCCUGCCAGCGGCAGCAGAGAACCCUCUCUCGCCGCUCAGCACGGCCAUGUUGGAGCAGCUGCAGGCACGCAUCAAGGAGCUGAAGGCGUGGCUACGACACACUGAGCUCCUCAUUUUCAACUCCUGCCUCCGCAGGGACAGCGAAGCCUCAACCCAACUGGCCAGCUUCAAGUCUUUGUGUUCAGACGUGCGAGCCCGACGAAGAGGAGUCUCUUCGGUCCUCAAACUUUGUCAGAAGCUUCUCCAGCAGAACCAGUCCGGCCCCGCGGCGGAAGCGGGCCCAGAGGCGGAGCAGCACCGUGAGGCUCUGCAGCUGCUGUCAAUCAACCUGGAGAGGAGGUGGGAGGCCAUCGUCAUGCAGACGCUGCAGUGGCAGAACCGACUCAAAAAGGAGCUGGGACAACAGCAGGUCCCAGGGAACUUUCUGGAACCGGGGCUUGUCGAUAUCCACCAGCCUAGCCCAGUCCGAGCCCCCCCGGUGGCACCGGCUCCAGACGAUUCGUGGGAAUGGGAUGAGACAGACAUGACAAUCACAGAAUCUCAAGAAGUACCAGAACCCGACCUCACGCACAACCUUCCCACUUCAGACGGCAUCCUGACAAGCCAGAAUCCUGAGAUCACAUCCCAAAUUUUUCCCCCUGACAACAAAGCCACCUACCAGGUCUACAGCCUCCACACGGUCGAGUUCUACAGUCCUCACGCUUUCUCAAAGGUGGAAAAGAGGAAGCAGCAUAUGUUCCAGAAGAGUCUCAGUAAGGACUCCACUUUCUCCUCCAUGGAGUCUCUCCCGGACCUCCUGGGUGGGCUGAUGCCAGGAGAGCGAGGAGGAGAGAGGCCUUUGGGCUGUCAGAGGGAGGGGGGCAGGGCAAGCGGCCAGUCAUCCAUCAGCAGUCGUCCAUCAGAGAGUGAAAGUGGGAUUGUUAGCGAUGGAGGAGACAUUGAGACCGUGACCACCAACUGUGGCCUCCUGGGGGAUGAGGAGGAAGAAGAUGUUACUGUGACGCUGCACAAAGAUGACCAAAGAGGAGGCACAACUCAAAGAACAGAAGAUGAAAGGCAGUUUAGCCACAAGACAGGAGGAAGUGAAGCAGUUGACAUCCUGAUCAACGGGGCACCACCUGACUCAGGCCGUCAUGCAGCCAAGCCUCUCCUGAGCUGCAGUGGUUUGGAUACGCCUCCUGCCCUACAAAACCUGACCUCCAGUCCUGUCUUAUCUCAGGGCUCCUCCCUGGAGUCCCUCCUGGCUCUGGGCUUGGAACUGUUCCCCUCCAAAGAAAUUCUUCAUCGCAGCGCGUCUCUGGAGAGCGGUCUAGCUCCGUGUCAUAGUGUGGACGGCGACACCUGCGCCAGUCUCGCCAGCCUUGUGGAGCUGGACCUAGGCCAAAUGAGGGAAGGUGACCAUGAUGAUGACCAUGGUGGUCUGGAAGACCAGAGGAUUGGUGAAGGAGCUCAAGGAGAGCUGAGCAGAAGAACACUUGACCUUCUGAAGCGCCUGGAGAACAUUCAGAGUCCUCUGGUAGCCAAGAUGACUCGUAGCGUGUCCGAUAUGACGCUUCGGAGCAGCUCUCCUGUCCGUCGUCAACUCGUAGCUUCUCCUUCUCUUGGAGGCCGACAUGCAGCACUCUCUCGAAGUUCACGCAAGGCACCGCCGUCCCUCAUCAAUGAGAGUUCAGCUUCGCUAACAGAGUUGAGCAGCACUGAAGACUCCUCUCUGGCUUCUGAAGACCUAACCGUGCUCCCCAAUCAGAGGAACCUCCUUCCAGAUCAGGCGAGCAACAAGCACAACUUCUACAGGAGGUGCUGCAAGAGGAGCAGCCAGAGAGAGGAAGCGGACGCCCUGAGCUUGAGCAUGGUGGUCAACGUGUCUUGCACCUCCACUUGCACUGACGAUGAGGACGACAGUGACCUCUUGUCCUCCUCCACCCUCACCCUGACAGAGGAGGAGCUGGGAGUGCGGGAUGGAGAGGAGGAGGAGGAAGAGGAGAGGCUAACACCUGCUUCAUCUGGGAACGAGGAGGACGAGGAUGAAGACACAAUGGAUCACUCCUACAUGGAGUACAUGAAGAAGGAGCUGCAGGGUUGGAGCCGACCUACUCGUACCUCUUCUUUGUCAAAGACAGAGGAGGGCCUUCAGGAUGAACUUCAGUGUGGGAGUAACCUCACCUCCUCAGAGCAACAUCAGCUCCUAAACUGUCGUCACCAAAAGGAAGAAGAGGAGAGGGAGCAGCAGGAGGCGCAGGAGAACCUCAGGAACGCUCCAAGGAGCUUCAGCAGCCAUUUCGUGGAUGACCUGGAAAAUGGGAAUAUAGAGCCGAGCUGUUUUAGUGGGAAAGACCAGGAUGACCUGCUCCUCCGAGAGGAGUCCAGUGUGUUCACAAAGAAAGGAGAACCCCUCAGGGAGACGUACACCUUUUCCAACGUCUUCAUCCCCACAGAUUCAACAAACCAACUUCCUUCAUCUCCGUCCUGUGAGCUCCUCACACCUACCUCCUCAUUGGUGGGACAGCUAAAGGGGGAGUUACCCUGCCAGAGCUCCUCCUCCUCGCCGCUAUUGCCACGCCUGGACCGCCAAUCACAUAACCGGCAGUCAGAUGACAGGCCUGGUGUGCGGAAGGCCAUCACCAUCCAGGAGAAGUUCAAGUUCUCCUCUCUGGUGAUGGAAAAGAGCAGGAGCGAGGUCCGAGACAAAGAUUCCUGCCUCCCAACCAAAAAAUGGAAAAGUUCUAACACUUCUUGCUGCCAACACCUCACCUCACACUCACCCUCCUCACCCUCCUCACCCCAGCCAGGCAGGAAGGAGGCCGUGCACGACUUUGUCAUGGAGAUCCUGGAAAUGGCCAGGAGAGGCAACGACAUUCCAGAAGAACUGAAGCAGACUGACAGGAAGUCUGAUCUUCACCGCCGACCUGCCUCUUUAGCACAGAUAAGAGACAAGGUGCUGCAGCAUUCCCACCAGCCUCUGCAGCUGCGUAAAGGAGACUUCUACUCCUACUUGGCACUCUCCUCGCACGACAGCGACUGCGGUGAGGUCACUCAGUGCACCGAGGACAAGAGCGCCACACCGGCGCCUUACGUCAUCCCAGCAUACGCCACGCCCACGCAAGGCCUCAGCAGCCCAGAACCGGACACUAACCCCAGCCAGGGAACUUCUCAGAUGUCCUCAACUUGCUGUGAUGACAACAAGGUCUGCGCUCUUGACUUGGAGUCACAUGAUCAUCUUGCAACAAGCCCCUCCCCCUCUUUUCCUCAAAGCCCAGACAUCCGGGAUGAGGAGACCCUCUUUCCAGCCUGCACAGAGGAGGUUUACCUGGGCCCGCCCCUCUGCUACAGCAUGCCCCCCACUAAAAAAGCACCCAAGGCGUCUCUCCUCACACGUCACAGAGGGUCCGAUCCAGAGGAGGUAAUCCCUCCUGUCCCGGAGCCUCUUUACAGCUCCUUCUCCAUCAGCACCUCCCCUAUGAAGAGCCCUGCCGAGACUUCCUGUUCUGGUUCUGGUGAGGACCCACGCCUCCUCUGUGAUGUCGCCGGCGGUGUGGGAGCAUGGCGGGGGGAGACGAGUCUUAAUGAGGCUCCUUCUUAUCUUCAUCCCCUGAUAGACUCGCCCUCAGCAGCACGCACUAAAGCGCUUGAAUCCAAUAUUGGCGUCGUAAUGACCAAGAUAAGUGUCGGCGGAGCCGCUACAAAUCCCUCAAAAGAGCCGGCCGCUGCCGCUGCGCGUAUUAAUCCCAAAAUGAACUGCUGGCCGAUGAAAGAGGCUGAUAGAGCGGCUGGGGGGAGGCGAGGAGAGGCGGAUGCUCGCAGCUUCAAGCAGCCGGAGGCGACGGCGAGAGGGCGGCGAGGCUCGCGACAGGAAGCCAAGAUGACGACCACGACAGCGGCCAAGCAGGUCAGCUCUGUCAAUCAAACCACCAGGGCGUCACAGGGGCGGAGCCAAAUCCCCAUCAGACCGCCUGCCUCCAGGAUGGGGCCAAUUAGAGGUGGACCUGCAGGAGGCGGAGCUAUCCGAGUCCAGCCGUGAGGAGACCUCCGACGAUCUUCACCGACGGAGAGCACGUCCUACAGUAACACGGACUUGCAAACACCUCUAUGACACACACACACACACACACACACACACACAACGGUGGUGUUAAAUAAGAAGAAAAGAAUGUUCUUGUCACUGACGAAGAAGAACGUGGAAGAAGGUCUGAAGAGAAGAAGAAGCCGAGAAAGUGUACGGACGGAAACGUGCCCGUGUGAGCAUGUGACAUGGCGAGGCAUACAGGAUGAUGUGAAAGCGAAACGUAGAAGGAAACAGGAGAUGAAAACAAGGUUUAAUCUAUGCAACACGACCAAAGCAGCCAUGUUGCGUGUGCGAUGGUGGCGCGCGAGCGUGUGUGUGUUUCUGUUUGACGUGAACGCGAGUCUCAAGUCUUUAGCGUGUAUUUGUGCCUUGCUGUAUGCCGACAUCUUUUUAAGACAACGAUGAACGUUGAUGCGAGCCUGAAGUGAGCUAGUGUACAUUUGUAAAGCUGGAAUGUUCCGUGUGUGUUCGUGUAGCUCCGUGUGUCGUGUCCUCGGUAGCAUUAGCGUUACAAGUGGCCUGCAUGAUUCCUGCUAACUGCUAGCGAGCAAAGUUCAUUCAUUGCAAGACUUGUUGUUUGUUCUUUUAUGUAACACUCUGUGACAGGACGUCAAAGAUGUCUGUUUGCUAAAUUAGCAAAGCAUGCAUCAGAAGGUGGUCCUGUUAUUCCUCUUGUACCUCCUCAUCCUGGGAGAGGCAUGCUAAGCUAGGCUAAUAUUCAAUAAAAAAUAAAGAAUCAUUAGCACCGAUUGUUAUUUGUCUUUCUUGUGUCACCUGAUUGUGGAAUAAACGACAAGCUAGGCUACGUUAUUAGUCAAGCUAGUGAGCAGCUAUCUGGGCCGUUACAACCAAUUGCUACCAUUUGCA